CGCGGUCGACCAGCCGCCGCCGCCGCUGCUGCUGCUGCUGCUGCUGCUGCUGCUGCCGUCGUCGUCGUCGUCGCCGCCGUAGCUGUUACGGUGCGAGCUUUGCUGAGUACGCGUGUGCUCCGAGGUGCCUCUUUCUCUCCUUUGUUCAUCUCUAUUCGUCCGUGUCCCCCCCUCUCUCUCUCUCUCUCUCUCUCUCUUUUUCUUUCUUUCUAUCACACGUCUACGUUCUCUCCUUCACUUUUCGUCUCUUCCUUCUUCUCUGAAUCUCGUUUCAUUCCAAUCGAACCAUCGGUCUUUAAGAACCGACGAGAUUUCUACUCAUCUCGCCGGCUAAAGGAAAGACUGAGGGGCGAUCUUGCGAAUUAGGAUUCGUUUGACACAUCUCCAUGGAGAAAGGGAGUGAGAAAAGGAGAAAGAACGGUGAGGGCGAAAGAGAGAGAUAAUCGCAAAAUCGACUUGGAGGUUCGAAGCUCCAGGUUCGGAGCUUGCGCCGAUUCGUCGGGAGCUUGGACUCGCGCGUGCGACAGCGCGGCGAAUCUUUCCAAUUUUCUCACGUUGCACGAUCGCGACCACCGCGCACCCGACCAACGCUCGUCCCGAAUCACGACAAGCUCGUGAUAAAUUGCUCUUAUGCUCUUAUACGAGCAAAGGAGUGUCGAGUGAAUAAAUGUGUCGCGGAUUCUUUCGCUUCCUAAGAGGAAUUGUGACCGUAGAGAAAGGACGUUAGAAUGUAUGUACGAUCGACAACUGCCGUGCCGCGCCAGCUCAAACGCGGACGCGAGAAACGAGCUCCUUCGAUCGCGUCGAUUUCCGUUUAGACUUGAAAAGAUUUAUCCUAGAUAAAAAAAAUCCGAUAGGGGUGUAACGGAAAGUACAGAGAAAGAGAGAGAGAGAGAGAGAGAGAGAGAGAGAGAAAGAGAGAGAGAGAGAGAGAGUGAGAGUGAGAGUGAGAGUGAGUGCAUGUGUUUCUCGUCAAGAAAUAUCGAAGCGAGAAAAGGGGCGCGAGGAUCGAGACAGCCUCCAAGAUCCACACGUAUCCAGAGAUGUUCCUCGAGGGUUGCGCUGUCCAAACCUGGACGACUUAUUCGCGUAAAAGGAAGUAUGUGCUGUCGAUAUGUGACUCGGUGAGCAACGCGCCGCGAUAAUGGAGUGAUUCAGUAGUCGUGAUAACGUCUACGGUGCACGUGCGCGAAUGCCGACAAGUACGAGGGAGUCCUGUCCUAGGAGAACGUGCUCUAUAUCAGUCGCUUGCCGCUUGACAGAACCAAUUUUACUGGAAAUUGCGAGAGAUUGCGAGCGGAGGCUCAAAAACUUAUAUUUCGAAGAGUGUACGACAUCGUAAUAGCAUCGCGAAAGCUCUGCUGCAGAACAGAGUGCCUUUCCAACAUUUUUCGAAACAUCUUCGUAAACCUCGUUAAUUGGACCGAUUACAUCGGUAAAUGAGCUCGAAGAUAAAACGUGGAAAAGCAGAAACCGUUUCUUUGCUCGAACCAAAGAUGAACGAAUGUCAGAUAGGCCAACUAAUCGGGACUUCCGUCACCUAAAGUCAUCAUCGUGCAACUCUUGGACUAAGAGAAAGAGAAAGUAGAGAACGAUCGACAGCGGCGUGAAACCAAUGCGCCGCGCCGUUGGACGAGCAUGAGCACGAAAACAACAUUCGAUCCGGUCGAGAUUUCCUCGUUCGACGUGACAUCACUGUUGGACGUCACUUCGACCGAGGAUUCUCCUUAUGCCAAUAAUACCGAGGUGAACGAAGAGGAGGUCAACUGGUCAGACAUGCCCUCGGCAAUCGUUAAGAUCUGCAUCCUCGGUUCGAUCAUCGCAACGGCGCUGUUCGGUAAUCUGCUAGUGAUGGUGUCUGUGAUGCGGCACAGAAAGCUACGAAUCAUCACCAACUAUUUUGUGGUUUCGCUAGCACUAGCGGAUAUGCUGGUGGCGAUGUUCGCGAUGACCUUCAAUGCUAGCGUUCAGGUGACUGGCAAAUGGCUUUUUGGCUAUUUCAUGUGCGACGUCUGGAAUUCCUUGGACGUCUACUUUAGUACUAGCUCGAUACUUCAUCUGAUGUGCAUCUCGGUAGAUCGAUACUAUGCGAUCGUGAAGCCACUCAAGUAUCCCAUCAACAUGACGAAAAGAGUAGUAGCGUUUAUGCUGUUGGCCUGCUGGGUGUCGCCGGCCAUCAUUUCCUUCGUACCGAUCUUCUAUGGGUGGUACACUACGGAGAAAAACAGCGUGCACAGGCACAAGCACCCAGAACUUUGUGAGUUUAAGGUUAACACGGUAUACGCUAUACUGUCAUCGAGCAUAUCUUUCUGGAUACCCUGUACCAUCAUGGCAGUCACCUAUUUUGCUAUAUUCAAAGAGGCUAACAAGCAAGAGAAGCAAAUGCACAGUAGAAUGGGUAACGCUAUGUUGCUCAGUCACAGGCCAAGUAAGGAUCUUAAUAAUUUAAAUGGCGAGCUCAACAGCGCCGGAUCAUCGAAAACUCUCACUUUAAAUGAAAUCAACACCGAGCAUUUACACACACCCACGAAAGAUAAGCAUAUGAUGAAGAUGAAGAGAGAACACAAAGCGGCGAGAACGCUGAGUAUCAUUAUGGGUACUUUCAUCCUUUGUUGGUUGCCAUUUUUCCUUUGGUACGUCAUUACAGCGCUUUGCGGCGAGGCUUGUCCGUGCCCCAACGUCGUGAUUGCAAUUCUAUUUUGGAUUGGGUACACGAAUUCAGCAUUAAAUCCAUUGAUCUAUGCGUAUUUUAAUCGCGACUUUCGAGAAGCGUUUAAAAAUACUCUGCAGUGCGCUUUUUGUUCGCUCUGUAGACGAGAGCCAUCAGAUCUCGAAGCGCUGGAUUUUCGUCGGCCAUCCCUCAGGUACGAUCUGGUAUGACAAAUUUAAGAUACGAUGAUCGUACCAAGAGCAUAUACUCAGAAACGUAUAUAAAACACGUUGAUAGACGAAGAUCAAGCGAGCUUGGCAGCAGUCUUUGAGACGAAACAAUAUUUCCAAGGUUCUAAACAAGUGCAAAAAAUACGCAUCCAUUAACAGCAUUCACAUACGUAUCACAUACAUCGCGCAAAUUUAAGCAUGACCACACGUACACACACACACACACACACACACACACACACACACACACACACACACACACACACACACACACACACACACACACACACACACACACACACACACACAUACACACACACACGAUCCUGCAGAGACAUCAUCUACUAUUUUGCCAAAUAAUAGACGAAAACGAAGGAGAUCAAAGAGAUACGUGUCAUUUUUCUUAUGGUGACACGCGCGAAUACGCCGGAAACAUCUCGCAUCGCGAAGCUAGAGACAUAUGUAUACAAUAAUUAUAUCGUAUUGCCAAAGUUAAAUUUUUAAGUAAGCUUGCGUAGCCAAUGAAAAGUGUGUCGUCUUUUGUGAAGAUUAAUAAAAUCGUGCUUGUGGAGAAGAACAAAGGGGAUUCCGAUUGAAUGACGAACUUUGCUAAACACUUGACAAAAAUGAAACGUGUUGCUUCUGCGAUAUAAUAUUUUGGUAGAAUACCUAAACGAAUGAAUACCCGAACGAACUUUGAGAAGCCACGAUAAAAAGUUCAAUUGGUCCCAUAAAUUUUAAUGUACUUUUUUUCAUGUCAAAAAUCUAGUUCUUUUCUAUCUCUUCUAUAGCCUCUUUUUUAUUCGAACCUCGCAGUUUCGACAGAAUUAGCUUUCCUUUAUAUUACUAUUUUGUAAUUAGAGAUGUAUAUAUCACGACGCUAAAAAUAAUUGACAUACGUAAAAUGUACCACGCGUAUGUUUACACGCAUAGUAUAAUUGAAAAAUGAGAAUGUGAUCGAUAUUAUCUAUAACACACAAAUACUCUUUUAUAAACAUAUUAAAGUAAUGGUACAUAUUCAUUUAUUAUUUAAUUCAAUUUAUUUAUUAUUUAUUAAUUAACUUAAAAUGGUAUAUAUACAAUGAUCCCAAGUAUAUUUUAUUGUUAAAAUAUUCAUUUCUGUAUAGUUAAUGCAUGUUUCGAGAAAACUGUUGCGUUAAACAAUGCGCGCUUAUUAUUGCAGUUUCAAAAUUAAUCAAGUAAAACAAAACAUAUAUGAGAUGAUAGAUGAUUAUGUAUUACUAAAAGAUAGAUACGAAAUAGUCCAGAUAUACCAGGUGUAUUGUUUUAAGAAUUAGUCAAUCCAACACUAGUCAAUGAUAUAAAGAUUUAUACUCGAUCUGUGCGUUUUUAAAUCGCACUAAUCAAACUAAUGUGAGAUUAUUCGAUCGAUUAUUUUUAAUUUUAUUUAUAUACUAUAAGUUAAGUGGGAUUCACGUGGAAUUUUACCUUUUUAAUUCUAGUUAAGUUCCAAUUGGCUAGCGAUACAGCCAUAUACAUCUCUUCUGAUUAAUUGUAAGAUGCGUGAUAAUGCUGGAUAUCAAGAUUACAUAGGAUAUCGUUCUAUUAGAAUUGCUCUACGUACAAUUCCGCGAUUAAGAUUUAAAAACGAUUUUUUUUGUUUUUUUUUGUUUUUACAUAUUACCUAAAUGUUAAUUCCUAAAAUUUAUACUUUAUUAAUGCCCAUAGAGCGUUGAUUAUUAUACCAUUAGUAAAAUUCGAUUAUAGUACAUGAAUAUAUUAUAUGUGUUGCAUUGUAUUUACAUAACUUAUCAAAAGAGCAUAACCUUUGUUGAUUUAAUUAUCGCGUUAAGUUAUGAAUAUCAAGCCGGUUUUUACUCUAAUUGUAUUGCCUUGUAGUCACAAAGUUUUUGCCAGAUCUGCCAUUGAUUUCGUUUAUGUCCCAUCGGCAUCGAUACUUGGAAAGAAAUUUUCUAUAAAUAAUUGAAUGCUUUCUCGGGAUUGCAGUCGUUAUAGAUGGAAUCUCUGCAUGUUUGAGCAAUUUCUGCUACACUUGCACAAAAGCAGUUGGUGUAACGACAAAUCACAACAGUAUUGUUACAGUAUCGAUACUAAUGUAUUACAUGGAAAUGUAUUAUAGCGUAACAUAUUGCGAACGCGACUUGGCGAUUUAAUUCAUUGAAUCAAACGAUGUUAAAGAUAACAUUGUGACUUUAAAAAAAAUAUAAAGCAAGCAUAAAGCGUUCAGGUACUUUCAUCACUUUCUUUUUCGUUCUUGUCGCGAUGACUAAUUGAGUUACUUCCAGUUAGUUCCUUAUUAGAAUUAAGGAUUCCCUCUUGUUUGCAAAAGUUAAUAUUCGGACGCACUGUACGUUAACAAGUACAAUUUAUUAAUAAGUCAUCGCUAAUCUUAUAGACUCACCUACUUUCCUCGUGGUCUUUCAACAGAAUUUUGCCAUCUUCGGAGACAUCGGUUCUCGUUUCGAUAUAAACGGCACCGGAAUGUUGAUUUCCUUUGUUCAGUCAAGCGAUAAACGAAAAAGAAAUGAUUGAAAAAGUUGAAAAGAUUCGUUUCACUUUUUCCAGAAUGAUUAACUGUUAUUCAACAGAAAUGGUAAUAAUUGAACUUUUAUUCGAGUCCAAUAAGCGUAUGUUCAUUUAUAUCUUCCGUUUCUUAUUAUUAGUUGCGAGUGUUUUCAGCGAAAAUCACAUCAAUAAGUAUCGACUUAAGUCCCCGUGAUAUUUGUAACACCGAUCUAGAAUCUAGUCAUGCGAAUACAGAAUUGAUAAUAAUUCGCCAUCUUCAGUAAUCAUCGAUUGUUGAGCGUUACAUUUGCGUUACGCGUCGUCGUCGAUCGCCAGUGGAUGACAGUGAAAUAUAUUAACUUACCGUUUUAACACCAUUGUACAAAAACAAGAGUGAGUGAUUACUGCGACUAAUUGAAUGAUUGGCAAUCACGAUAAAUUAUUAUUACUUGCCGUGUUUUCAUCAACUUUUAGUUGCAGUUACACAUUUAUAAUCAAACGUGGUAAAAUUAAAGAAAUUAAUGCCACGCUAAUCGCCACAAUAAUUAAUUUUUUUGAAAUAUUUAGUAUGUUUCAUAAGGAUGAAAUGCUCACAAUAUUACUGUUGAUAAUCUUCAACUAUCGUAAAUUUAGAUAUUUCUAAUUUUCAUCAGAAAUGAGCAAUUGCCGUAACAACUUGCUUGGAUUAUUCAACUCGCUUAUUAAGCAGGAAAAUAUUAUUUGUUGUAAUAAUAAAAUUUCAAAUUUACAUUGAACUAACUCGUAUAACUAAUCGAAAUGCUUUGUUACAUUUUGUUAUUUUCAAAAUUCUUUUUGCCUUGAACAUCACAUAUACAUACGUAUAACAAUUGUAAAAAACGAAAUGAUUACUCCUUUCUGAUACUGAUAAUUAAUUUCACCAGUAAGAAAUACAUAUAUUUGCUAUGUCACUUGAGUAACGGGUAAUAUCGCAUCACUGACAAAACAUUCGAGCAAUCAACAUAAUCGUAAUGUAGUGUAACAAAAAUGUUUCACAAAAAAGGUUAAAUCUUACGUUUGGCUUAUCUUCAUUUUUUUUUAAUAGCUGAAUCGUUUUACAAAAAAGAUAUUAUCAUUAUAUACAGGGGAAGAGUGGAUUUCUUUUGCCAAAGAAAGAAACUGACAAUGAAUCGAUGCAAUAACGUCAUAUCUCAUUACAUCGCUUAUAUUAUAAAAAUUUUUUGUCCUGAUUUGUUUAUUCCUAAUUAGUCUUGCAUUAUUGUUUUCCAAGUUAUUGUAUAUUUUAUAUUAAACAAUCAUUUAACGUAUUUAAAACAUUCGCAGUUAUUUUGGAGUAGUUUAUAUAAUUAAUCGUGUUAUACACUUUACGGUCCUAUAUGUACACAAUUGAUUUAUACAUCGAUUGCAUUCAUUCACAAAAUAUUUUCGAAAAAGAAGAGAAAUAUAAUAAUUUAAUAAUUAACCUAUGUCAACCAACAUAAAAUUGUUGUUUGUUUAGAUCAUUAUGAUACUAUUGUAUAUGUAUCUACGUUAUUGCUUUUCUUCUGUGAUAAAAAUUAGGAAAAUUGUCGAAUUUUAUUAACUAUUUGUACAUAGCUUGUAAAUAUAUAACUACUUGUAUUAUUUCGUAUUAUUUCAUAAGAAAAAUGAAAAUAAUUACUGAAAAGACUAGCUGUGCAAUAAUUAUACUUGAAAAAAGUAUUCUUCUGUUUUGAUAACGUUUUUAUUAGUUCUAAAGGCGUAUUAACAAUCAAAUACAAUGUAUUGCUCGUAGAGCAUAUAAAACCUGUAAACAAAUAGUAUAAAAAGGAAUUAAAGCAUUUUGUUCCAUUA